ACGGACUGCCCUCCAGCAGAUGACAACAACACAACAGAAAGAGCUACUGAGAGGGAGUUAGCGCUGUUAGCUACAUGAAAUAAACUACUGGUGCUUCAGUCCGUACCUUACAACGUCCCGGCUGGAGUUUGCCAAAUAAGAUAUUUAUUUCUGACCAUUAUGGUUUGUUUGUACAACUAAUUAUGGUUGUCACUUAUUCUGCUGUGGUUUAGCCUAGCUCACGUUAGCUAACGGGCUUGCUAAGCUAGCUCUAUGUCUGCCAAGCUAAAACAGGUUAGCUAGCUAGCUUAGUGGCUAGCUUCUUAGCUAGACGAGGUGGAGACCAAGAACAGGGAGAUGCGAGCAAAGUGAGGGUGGCCCUGAAUGACUAAAUGAGCAAGAUAGGCAAGAGUGAAGAACUCUGGAAGAUUCAACAUGAAGUUGUAUGUGUUCCAGGUCAACAAUGGCAGCACAUUGACAUUUGAGACAGAUCUUGCUGUCCAAACUGUGCUGGAGCUCAAACAUGCCAUCCAAGCCAAAUACAAGAUUGCAAUUCAACAUCAAGUCCUUGUUGUCAAUGGAGGGGAAUGUAUGGCUGCAGAGAGACGUGUCUGCAACUACAGUGCUGGCACUGAAACCAACCCCAUAUUUCUGUUCAACAAAGAGAUGAUCUUGUGUGACCGGGAUCCGACGAUCCCCAAAACCACCUUUUCAAUAGAGAGUGAGAUUCAGGUGAAGGUGGAGGAGUCUCUGCUGAUGCCAGCUGUCUUUCACACUGUUGCCUCGCGGACACAACUUGCUCGGGAAAUGUCUGAAGUUGCCAAUAAACUUAGUUCUUUCUGUGAACGGUUGGUUCAUGAUGAGCACCUUCAACAUCAAGGCUGGGCUGCUAUUAUGGCUAAUCUGGACGACUGCACUCUGUCAUAUCAGAAGUUACUUAUGAAAUUUGAAACUUCAUACACAACUUAUCAACGUGAUUUGGAAGAAAUAAAGGUGAAACUCACAAAGUUAGGGACAGCAGUUUCUGUCAUGGCAAAGAUACCCCUGUUGGAGUGUUUGACAAGGCACAGUUACAGAGAGAGCAUGGAAAAGUCCAACUCAACUCCAGGAAAGGAUUCAGACGGGACAGAAGGAGAAAAAUCCACUGACUCUGUGCGCUGCGCAGCUGCUGGAAAGAAGGCCUCAAAGUUAGCAGCCUUUCUCUCUGCUUCUGGGACACCUACAUGUGAGCAAACCGGAGACCAGGAAACAAAUGAAAUGACUGACAGUGGUGGUCUGAGAGCUGCGCUCUUAGAUGAUGACACUCCAGAGUUUGCCAACCCGUCCUCUUUCAACGUCACACUAUUAGACUGGAUCAAUGUACAAGACAGACCCAAUGAUGUGGAGUCUGUUGUGAGGAAGUGCUUUGACUCCAUUAAUAGACUUGACCCGCGGAUCAUUCAGCCCUUCCUGUCAGAUUGUCGUGAUACAAUAUCCAAGCUAGAUAAUCAAAACAUGAAAGCCAUCAAGGGGCUUGAGGACAGGUUGUAUGCUCUUGACCAAAUGAUUGCAAGCUGCAAGAAGUUGGUGAAUGAACAGAAAGAACUUGCUCAGGGAUUUGUGGCCAACCAGAAGCGGGCUGAAAACCUGAAGGAUACAUCUGUUCUGCCUGACUUAUGUCUGAGUCACACAAACCAGCUGAUGAUCAUGCUGAACAACCACAGGAAGCUGCUGGACAUCAAAAAGAAGUGCACCACUGCCAAACAAGAACUUGCAAACAACCUUCAAGUCCGACUCAAAUGGUGCUGCUACGUAAUGCUCCAUGCAGACCAGGAUGGAGAGAAGCUUCAGGCCCUGCUCAGACUCCUGACGGAGCUGAUUGAAAGAGUGAGGGUGGUGGAGGCCCUCAGCAGCGUGCCCCAGAUGUACUGCUUGGCAGUGGUGGAGGUUGUAAGGAGAAAAAUGUUUAUGCGACACUACAGAGAGUGGGCCUAUGCACUUGUAAAGGAUGGAAAACUACUGUAUGAGGCAGAGAAGUACAAACGGGAGUCCUUUGGAAAACUCUUUCGAAAGUCUUUCCUCAGAAAUCGUUUGUUUAGAGGACUUGAUUCAUGGCCUCCAACAUCAUUUUGUACACGAAAGCCCCGGAGAUUUGACGAUGAACUUCCAGACAUCACAGUUGAGGACCUGCAGUACUUGAAAUCAUGUUGUCCUUUAGAGGUGCAGCCUUUCCUUAUGGUACCCACAAUGUGUGACUUUGAGCCCUUAAAUCGUCACGUAGAGACGCUUCAGCAGCUGGUCCAAGCAGCACAGAGUGUGGAUGAGAUGUCUCAAACUAUUACUGACCUGCUCAGUGAACAAAGAGCAUCCUACAGUCAGAGUGCUCAUAGAUCUAGCCUGUUCACCCCACUGUCUAAAAGCAUCCUUAGGACCUCGGCACAGAUGUCCUCCAAAACCCCUUCCUCACUCAACCUCCAAGGACCCAGCUGCCAGCCCCAACACGUUCCUGUUCCUGCUCCUCUGGAGGACUUGUCCCCAGACAGCAUAGAUGCACAAACAUUUGACUUUGAAACUAUUGGCCAUCCAAACAUGGAUCCAGUCCUGCAGCAGGGCUCCCUGGACUUAGAUUCUCUAGCAGAGAGCCCUGAGUCUGACUUCAUGUCGGCUGUUAAUGAGUUUGUGAUCGAAGAGAACCUGAUCUCUCCAAACCCUAUCAGUGACCCCAUCAGUCCCGAGAUGAUGGUGGAGUCGCUGUACUCCUCAGUCAUCAACGCUAUUGACAACAGGCGUAUGCAGGAUACCACAAUACUAGAGAGGGAGAACUCAAGGAUUGCUGUCCUCAAAAAAGUCACUGACAAGUACCGAUCAGCUGCAGAGGAGUCCCAUUCAAACUUACGGAGUGUUAAGGAUGACCUCUGUCACUUACGAGGCCUGGUAUUAAAAGAACAUCAUGACUUUGGCUUUGUUUUGAGGAGUAUGACCACAGAAGUGCAAAACAUUGUGGAAAAUAUUGCCCAGACCCAUGAAAUGGAAUUCAAAGAAAAGCAUCAAAAUGAGCUUCUUGCUCUUCGACAAGAGCAGGAGAAGCAAGUUCAGACACUAACGGAGGAAAAUCAAGUAAACCAGAACAUUGUCAGAGACGUCCAGCGUGCAAUGCUUGAGCUCGAGGGCCUGAUGGAACGCAAAGAGAAAGAACUUACUCAGCUGGAGAAUGAGAAGGAGCGAUGGGCUGAGACAGAGAGCAGCCAGACAGAGAGGAUCAAAUGCCUGGAACAGAUGAGCAGUGAUCAGUCUGAAGAGAUCAAGACGCUCUCAGCUUCAAAAGACUCUCUCACCGGUCAGCUGGAAAGUCUGCACUUUGAGAUCGAACGCAGCCAGCAGAAGAUCCAGCAGGAGUUGGAGGCUGUUGAACAGUUGCACUUGAAGGAGCUCGAGGACAAAAUGAAGCAGGAGCACCAGGCAGAACUGGAGACAUUUACCAAGAACAACCAGGAAGCCCUGGAACAUCUGGCUGCUGAAAAUAGUGCAAAGCUAAGUGAAGCAGCUGAUCACCACACCACUGCACUUGGAGAGAGGGACAACCAAAUUAAGGACAUGGAGGCUCGUGUCACUGAGCUCGCAGAACUCCGCUGCAAGCUCGAGGUGGAGCUAGCCCUCAAAGAGUCCGAGACAGAGGAGGUGAAGCUCUUGCUCGAGGAGGCCAAGACCCAGCAGGCUGAUGUGCUGAAGACCCAGGUAGAAGCAGAGACCAAAGCUCUCAGUGAGGAGCUGGCGGAUCUUAAAAAGCAACUCCAGGUAAAAAACGAGGAGUAUGAAGUGGACCUUGCAGAGCUGAGGACUCUCAUGAGGAUUGAGAAGGACCACUGCAUCUCAGAGUUGGUGGAGAGACAUGAGGAGGAGAUCAUUUUGUUGCGCACCGAGCUCUCAUCCCUGCAGCAGCAUGCCCAAGAUGUUCAGAAGAGCCAUAGUGAACAGCAACAAAGUCUUCAGCAGGAGUUCGACCAGCAACUGGUCGCUCUGAGUGAAGAAAAAGAAGAGCAGCAGAGGAGUUUCCAGCAACUGGAGCAAGAGUUGAGGACUGUUAUCAGCAAUUUGCAGGCUGAAAAUGACCUGUUCGCCCACAAACUAGAGCAGGACAGAGGCAGAGAAGCAGCUGCGAAAGAUUCUGAGGAGGCCUCUAAGAUUGCGUCACAAGAUGCCUUUAAAGAGUUAGAGCAGCAGAAAGAGGAGGUGAAGAGACUCUUAGACAAAAUUAAACAACUUGAGAGUGAGCUUCAGGAAAAACAAUCCUUCAAAAGUGAUGAAGGCUUGCCGCUGCAUGCUGAGGGCCAUGCAGAUGUUGGGGCACCUCUGUCUCUAGACUCGGCACUACAAGAGCGGCUGCAGUCCCAGAUUGAGCUCCUGGAGAAGAGGAAGAACGAGGAGAUACAGAACCUCAAGACAUCACUAAUCGCUGAGCAGCAGACUAAUUUCAACACUGUUCUAACUCGAGAGAAGCUGAAGAAGGAGCAGAUCAUCAGUGAGCUCUCAGAAAAGUUGCAGAAAGUGACCCAACAGCAGGAGAAAGACAAAGGCCUGAUCGAGACACUCUCAGAGGACAGAGCCAGUGUCAUGCAGGAGAAGAAACACUUGGAAGAGGAGCUGAACCGCCUGAGAAGCACUGCUCUGAUCUCCUCCACCUUCUUCUCACCCAACCCUUCAGUCCAGGAGGCCUCAGAGGCUGGAGCUUCAGCAGCUAGAGCGCUCUCUGUUGCUGGUGCUUGUUCCUCUGAUCCCAUGGCUGACGCUGACAGACUGGCCUCCGUGGCAGCCAUUCGAGAUGACGAACAGGUUGAUUCAGCUGUGGAGGCCAGCAUGGUGACAGUCCAUGACAACAUCCUGAUGUCAGAGGAGAAACAGCGUAUACUCUUACUAGAGAGGACUUUACACAUGAAGGAAGAGGAAAACAAGCGCCUCAGUCAAAGACUGAUGUCUCAAAGCAUGUCGUCUGUGUCUUCACGGCAUUCAGACAAAAUCGCCAUCAGAGAUUUCCAGGUAGGCGAUUUGGUUCUAAUCAUCCUGGAUGAAAGGCAUGACAACUACGUGCUGUUCACAGUUGGUCCCACCCUCUACUUCCUCCACUCAGAGUCUCUCACUGCACUGGACCUCAAACCAGCAUCAGGGACCUCGAGACGGCCGUGGGUACUUGGAAAGGUGAUGGAGAAGGAAUAUUGCCAGGCAAAAAAGGCCCAGAACAGGUUCAAGGUUCCUUUAGGAACCAAGUUCUACAGAGUGAAAGCUGUUCCAUGGAACAGAAAAGUAUAAUAGCCAAGUAAUGAGCUAAAUGUAUAUUUAUAUUGCUUAAUUUUUGAACAGAAACUUCACAUCAUAAUUCAUAACUUCAAAAUUGAAAGAUCUUAAAAAUGGAAGAAUUAUGAUCGUCAUCAUGCUCUUUUCAGUUUCGAUUCAAAACCCCACCUGCUACCACAUUUUCUGUUUAUUUUUAAAACCCAGAUUUGUUAUCGUGGACCAAAUGCUAUUAACUUUAUUAGGGCAUUGCCCUAACACUGUGGCAUUAUGCCAUAUGACCUGUGUGUAAAAUUGAUCAAAAUUUGGAUGUUAAAUAUUAGUUCUCAUUAUCAGCAUUUGUCCUUUUGUGGAAAAUACUGUGUCAUUAUCAACAUUAAUAAAUAAAAUAUACAUUUAUUAUAAAUGUUUAUGGAGGAAUGUUCAUGGCAUGCAUAUUGAUAUAUUUUCUUUGAUUUACUUAUCCAGAUAAAUGUUGUAGUUGGAAAUGUAGUUAAUGCUGUUUGUUACUCACAAAGCAGUGUGGCCCUCUGUCAAUACUGAAAUGUACAUUAUGGCUGACUGAUGACAAAACAGUCGUCUUUGCAAUCCUUGAAAUGCACUUUCAAAAACAAUGCUUUUGUUGAUUUGAAAAGGGAAGUCAAUUGAGCUGUCAGAACUAAGUAAAUAUAUCAGCACAAACUUCUCGCUAUCAUAGAAUAUUGACAUGUAGAAAGGAAUAUUUGUGACUGUGUUUCAUUAUCAGAGGACAUUGUACAUUACCCAUCAAAUCACACAUGUAACAAUAAAUGACUGUAUUGUAAAAGAUAGAGUUUUGAAACAAUAAAGGAUUGAUCCCAAACAUA